GCGUGGAGAGCCAGCCAGCUGAUACCACGCCGACGCGUUGGUGUGUGGGCCCUGCCAUAACCAGUUAGUUUGAGUUCGAAUUUGAUUCGCUGCGGGUCGAGAGUGGAAGUUUUGGCCAGGAGCAUCGUAGGAAAUCGUGUGAAGCCACAAGGAUGCCACGUAACGGCUAUGAGAAUGGAGUCCCAUCCAAAGACCUGGCGAACGGUGACUAUGAUGAGAUAAAGCCUACAUAUGCAUUGGAGCACUUAGCCACUUUCAAGCUGAAAAAUGAGGCGGAAACAAAGCAGCCAAAGGAGAAGAUCAAACUGCUUAUUGAACUGGACAAGACGGGGGGCAUUUGGCCUCACAAGAUGUUUAUGAGCUUCAACGGCCAGUGGCUGGUGAUGCUGGACAACGAAAUGAGGGAGAUUGAGAACUUCCCCGGCAGCCUGAUCACGGAGCCCACCGCGUUUAUUAGCGAGGAUCCGCAGGAGGCCUACAACAACAUCUUGAUAUUUUCGGUUCCUGGUAUCUCGCUGGGCAAUACCGAGAUGCACAUCUUCCAGGUGGCCGAUGUGAGCUCUGUGAACUUGGUGGAAGAUCUGCGAACGCUGAGCAAGGGUACGCCCGUCACGAUCGACCGGAACAAAACACCCAUUCGCUUGCCCAAGCCCGAUCGACCCGGUAACCAGCAACCCAAGGACCAGUACGGGAUUGCGGCGGCCGUGGCCGGAAUUGCUGCCGAGAAGAAUGCGCUGGAUCGCGGGCAAACCGAACGGGAUGUCCAGGUGAUUAACCACUGUUUUGAGGACAUCGAGCGGUUCAUGGCGAGGCUCCACUACGCGGCCGAGGCUCUGAACGAGCUCAAGUUGCGCAAGGAGCAGCACAAUCCUCACGGAGAAGGUCUGCUCGUACUGCGGUCGCGUCCACCCAUUGAGAGCGAGUUCCACGACAUCCUGGCCAAAGUAAAACUAGCUCUUAUCUACUCUGUCAAGCUGCAAAACCACUUCACAAAGAGCUCGGAUCCGAUCCACAACGUUUUCAUUUCGCUGCAAACCAUUGUGACUGUCUGCAACGACAUCUACUUAGACGCCAAGCUGCCGGAAGGGGUCGUUAAUCCGCUGCUGCGACGCGAAACCAUUACCUUCCUCAGCGGAACGCUGGACUCAAACGAGAAGCAGCUGUGGCACAGUCUGGGACCCAACUGGACGGUGCCGAAAGAUCAAUUCAAGGACCACAAGAGUUCGUAUCACCCUAUUUUCUACGACGACUGGUCUCCGGACUGGGUUGUGGACGAAGAGGUGCAGUACCUUGCGCCCGCACUAAAGAAAACAUCAACGCCCUCACCGAUACCACUGCCUCCGAGUCCGGGCGGUAAUCGCACCUGGCUGAAUCGGUUGGAGAGCCGCAAUGUCAAGAUCGCGGAGGUGGCCUACAACAAGUCGGCUACCAACGACAAGGAGCUGAAAGUAACGAAGGGCGAAUACUUGGAGAUAAUUGACGACUCCCGCAAUUGGUGGAAGGCGCGCAACUCCUACGGAAAUAUUGGAUACGUGCCUAACACCGUGCUGACGCCGUAUAACUUUGAGCACGGUGGUGUUUCCAACGGCCGCGACACGGAGUCAUUGGCUUCAAUGUCGCUGCAGGAGAACGGCGAGUCCAGUGAAGCCAACAAUCCUCUGUACCGCAACACCAUGACCUUAUAUGCGGCACCAACAGACCUGGAGCAACAGCAGCCAGUGGGCGGCGUGAAGGUCAUGCCGCGAUCGUACUCCAUGCCCAAUGUUCCCAUUCCCCCACCAAUGCCGCCGGCGGGCGAAAGCCAGCCAACAACUCCAAGUGGCACCCUCAAGCGCAACAUGGCCGCGGCAGGAGCCCUGGCAGCGAUGCGUGCGCGCAACGACUGCGAUGCUGUGGAUGAUUCCUUCAUUUUGCAGGACGAUGUGAACGACGAACUGCGCCUCAUGCUGCAGCAGCGGCAGAGGCGUAAGGACCUCGAAAUCCUGAAGACGCCUGAAAUAUUCAUUACCCAGCACUCCAAGCCCAGGGAGGUGGAGGAAUGGCUGCGAGGCAAGGGCUUCUCCGACAACAUAAUCAAGCGUCUGCACUCCCUCAGCGGCGAGGAGAUCUUCGCCCUCUCUCCGCACACCAUCGAAAGCUACUUCGGGCAGCGGGAGAGUCGUCGUUUGAUAUCCCAGAUCGUGCUGCAAAAGAACUUCUGCGAGUACAAAACCAUCCGCUCGUCAGAGCUAUCCGCCAAGCUGGCUCGCGCUCGUCAAAAGGCUGACCAAUCCAACGGCAAUGGCAACGGCAACGGCAACCCCAACGAAGUUUUCUAAUUACAUAUUUUGAUUGGAAUAGCCUUGGUGCACAGCGAACUGGACCGGUGCUCAGAUGCGCUCUGGUUGUGCCAUUUAUUUAUUUAUGCAUAGCAAUCUUUCAUCUAUUUUAAAGUUUAAACAAUCAAUGUUUACUAAAAGCCAUUAAAAUAUUUUAG